UUUAAGAUGGCGGACGCACCAAGUAAGCGUGUGCCUAACCUUUGUUGUUCAAUGCAAGUAACUUGUUACUACGGCAAGUGGAGCCCCUACUCUUUUUAUUAGCUAAUGCUGUUAAGUAGUGCUCAUACCGUACAGGCAUAAGAGAUGGAAAAAGAAAGUAGCGUCCUUAAACGCGAGAUAAAACGCGCCAAGUUGUUCGAAGUGCAACGACUCGUGCGAAGAAUGAGGCAAUUAGGAAAUAAGAAGGGAACGGAAGCUCAGUUAAAAAAGAACCGACGAAAGAUCGAAAGGUUUGAAAAGGAGCUAGAGUUUCUGAAGGACACUACAGUGGCUGAAAUAAUCCGUCGAGUCACCAACGAUAAGAGUGAAACUGAGCGUGUUGCUGAUCGUGUGCUCGAAGACCAUGUUGAAGAUUCACUUACAGACAUUGAUCUUCAGAGAAGAGCCAUGGACAGGAUCGUUAACUCCACGAAACUUCACAAAUCUCUAGAAGGAAUAUCUGCUAAUAAACAACAGUCAGUACGAUUUGAAAAAAGAAGUAGCAAAAACAAAAAGAAACCUAAGACUGUUGGAGAAAAAGUUGCUGUCACAUGGAAUGAAAAGUCAGUUUCUGGUAACACUCAAGCGAAAGAAUACGAAGGUAAUGAAAACAGCGAUACAGAAACAGAAAAAGCAAUGAUACAAAAAAGACUGAAAGCUUUAAAGAAAAAACCAACAACAAAUAAACUUGUUUCAGCUAAAAAGCCUCAGCUUAAAGAAAUUUUAGAUCAAGAUGACUCCUUUGUAUCUGGCUCAGACGUAAGUGGAAGUGACUCCGGAGAGGAUACUGAUGGUAUUUCUUAUCCAGACUUGAAACCUAAAGGUUUAGGGUCCUGUUUCGUUCAAUCUAUGUCGGGUGUGAAGGAUGAUGAGAAGGUACUCUUGAAGGAAAAAAGCACCUCAGGAAAUAAGAAAGUAAGAAAAGCUGAUAAGACAGUUAAGAGGAACCGCAAAGGACAGCGUGCACGGCAGCAAAUGUGGGAAAAGGUACAUGGAAAGAGUGCAAAGCAUUUGGUAAAGAGAGCAAAAGAAUACACUUCAAAGGAUAAUAAUGAAAUAAAGAAGUUGAAAUCAAAUAAUGUGAAAUCGCAGCAGCCUACCAAACAGACAAAGAAAGAAGAAAUUCUGCAUCCAUCGUGGCAAGCUAUGAAAAAAAGGAGGUUACAAGAAACUAUGAAGGUAGAAUUUAAAGGAGAGAAGAUAAGAUUUGACGAUUCAGAGUAAACUUAAUUAACAAAUGCUUGUAUGUUGCGCUUAGAUUUUUUCUUUGAUUCUUGAUGUUUAAUAACAGAUAUAAAAGCAAAGGGAAAAAACUGAACCAAUGAGAGAUUGUCACAACAUCAUUCAACGAUAGUUGUAAGUCAUGACUUUUGUAACUUGAAAAAAAUAGCCUAAAUUUCACAAGUUUUUCAGCUGGAGCCUACUUGUGACACAAAUUGCCUUCAUCAUUACCACAGGAAAUGGAGAGAGACCAGUGUGGAGAAUUUUAGGGUUUAAAGGGGUAAAUGUUCCAUUUUCUGCUUUUUCACUUUUUGAGUCACUUUUUUGUUUUCUUUUUUUUCUGCUGAAUAGCAUCAUUCUCAAAGUUUGCAUUGAGUUAAAGGUUGUUUUGCAUGUUGCAAAUAUAACUAGAAAUAUUCUGACAUACAUUGAAGAUACCAAACAUUAGCACCAACUCUUUACCUCAAAAUACUUUCUUGAUAGUGUAAUGAUUAGUUAUUUGGUAAACUGGAACCCAGCCUUUGGACAACAAUGCACCUCUUUUAGUUAGAGCCGUUAAUUUGAUGUUUUAUUAAGGCUAUCACCCGAAUCAAAUAAUUUUGUUUUUACUUGUGAAAAAUCAAUUUAAUAUGCUGAUCAUAGGUGAAAUUGAAACAUGAAAAAAUCAAUAUGCUUCAAUAUUGACAGUUGUUGUCAAGGCAUCAGGAUGUGAUUUCUCCAGUAUAAAAAUUUGAAGGACUGGAGAAGGAAGAAGAACUUGAUUUCCGGAGGCAGUUAUCAGUUAAUUUAUGACCUCUGAUCCAAUACAACAGAAGAAUAUUAUUUCAACCAAAUGCACCUUGAGCAUGGCAAACAAACGAUGAUUAUUUUUUUUAUGUGGAUCACUAGAAAUUGUAUGGCAGUCUUGCAUUGCAUCACUACCAAAGGUGUAGUCAAGUUGGAGAGAGAUCCUUAUCUGUAUGUAACCCCUAACUACCGUUUGUUAAGAAAAAAGUAUUGAUGUAAUAUAUAAUGAGGGAAGAAUCUAGUUUAGGACCUUCUGACAAGAAUUUCAGCUCAUGCCAUUGAUAAUAUUCUUAAGGUCAUGACCUGAAGGUUAAAUGCCUUUCAGCUAAGUGAGCCGGACAAAAACCGCUUGUAUCGCCUCAUGAAUCAAGCUGGAUAAACGGCUAAUGAAAUUCCUUUGUAACGGAACUGUAAAAC